AAAACAGUUUCAACAACUUAAGUGUUGAGUAAACUCUUCACUUUUGUUAAAUAUUCUGAAAACGGCUUGGAAGGGCGAUUUAUUUUCUCAGAUAAAGUUACAAUUAAUAUCGCUGCCAUGACUGCCGAAGUUACAGAAAUCAUUACUGACGCCGCUGCUUCUGCUACUAGUGAAGUAAAGGCUGCAGAAGUACGCAUUGAAGAUGAUGCUAGCGAUUGUGGAUCUGAGGACAGCAUUCCUGAGCUGGAAGAUGCUGCUGCAGGUACAACACAGUUGGGCGGUGGUGCCACUGGUCUUCCCGUUGAUUUGGUUUCAAAAGCCAAGCAAUCGCGUGGGGAAAAAAAAGCACGAAAGAUUAUGCUUAAACUUGGUUUAAAGCAAAUUCAAGGAGUUAAUCGCGUAACUAUUCGAAAGUCGAAGAAUAUACUAUUUGUAAUCAACAAUCCUGAUGUUUACAAAAAUCCCCACAGCGAUACAUAUAUUGUAUUCGGCGAGGCAAAGAUUGAAGAUUUAUCACAACAAGCCCAAGUCGCAGCAGCUGAAAAAUUCAAAGCUCCUGAAGCGGCAAGUAUUGCAGAGACAUUAGGCACAGCUUCAUCGGUAGCCCCUAUUGCAGAGGAGGAUGAAGAAGAAGUAGAUGAGACCGGUGUCGAUGAGAAAGAUAUUGAGCUGGUAAUCACCCAGGCUAACACUACACGUGCAAAGGCCAUACGAGCUCUUAAAAAACACAAUAAUGAUAUUGUUAACGCAAUUAUGGAGUUAACGAUGAUUUAAGCGCGCGUGUAUUUUAAACGACUGCGUUACAAUCGAGUUAAAACAAGAGUACCCGCCUUAAGACAUUUGAAAUUUUACCAUACCACAAAAAAGCGUCUACGACGAGACCAAAUAAAUAAAAUGAACGAAAUAUGUUUCGUUCUAGCCGUUAGACUAAUAACAGUUUGAGUUUUGUAUUCAUUUGUAUCGCAGUAAUGUGAAAUCAUAAUAAAUUGAAUGCAAUAUAAAUAUUCAAAUCAUA